AUGCAUUCUUUGCUAAAGACGGUGCUGUUAGCUCUGGUAGCAUCAGUGGUGCUGUUCCUGGCCUUGCUGCGUUCCUGGCCCACUCGGGCUUACCCCAUUGUGGAUGUACGACAGAGACCGGGGUCUGAAUUUGAGAGGCUGCUGGAGGAGAGACUCCCAGAGUCUGACCCCAGCACGGAUGCUAUUCCCUACCAUGUGAGGGAGAGCGUAUCUGGGCUUCUGGCACGUAAUGGGUGUGUGUGUGAGGGUGAAAGACGUAGUGUGAAUUUACCUUUCGGCAAGCUGCUGUUUCCACAAGUUUCUGCCCACUCGCUGCACACAGCCUUUCAGCCCUCCCAGCUCGAUGAGGUGAAGAGACGUCGUGCCAAAGAGUACCAGGGCUUCCAGAUUAGAUCACAAACCCCUGCUGAUUUGCUGAUUGUAGCUGAAGCAAACAGCCCACUGCAAUACCCAACACAGGGUGUGGAGGUACGACCACUCAAGACCAUCCUUAUACCAGGCUUGGCCUUAAAACAUGUUCCCAGAGACGUUUACACUUUGAAUUUCUCUGCAUCUCUGGGCACAUUUAAUGUUGCAGCUGAGGUUGAUGGGGUCAGAGUUAAAGGUGAGGGUGAGAUGCACAUGACCCUAAGCAGCUACCUGUUACCCAACCUGAACCGACAACUACAGUUCAUCACUUAUACUAACACACUGUUCCACCCCAGCACUGCAGACACAGUGCAGUUAGAGACAGAAGGACAUCAGGCUUUCUUCACCAUUAAAAUCCAUCAUGGAGUGACACCUAAACUCUACAACACUGGAUCAGAUGCAGACAAAGAAUACAACAUCAGUGCUCUGGUUACUAUAGCCACCAAAACGUUCCUGCGCUACAACAAGCUCCAGGACCUGAUAGACAGCAUAAGACGGUACUACCCAACAGUUACCAUCGUCAUAGCUGACGACACCGAAAAUCCGAAAAAGGUGUCGGGCCCUUACAUAGAGCAUUACAUCAUGCCAUUCGGAAAGGGUUGGUUUGCAGGCCGUAAUCUGGCCGUGUCACAAGUGACCACAAAGUAUGUGCUGUGGGUGGAUGAUGACUUUAUCUUUACUGCCAACACCAACCUGGAGAAACUAGUGGACGUCCUGGAGAAAACCACUCUUGAUUUGGUUGGGGGUGCUGUGCGCGAGGCUACAGGCUACACAUCCACCUACAGACAGACCAUCUCUAUCGAGGCAGGAGAGGAGGACGGGGACUGUCUUCACAUGAGACGCGGGUUCCAUCACGGCAUUCAGGGCUUCCCUAAUUGUGUGGUCACAGACGGAGUAAUAAACUUCUUUCUUGCACGGACAGACAAGGUGCGGCAGGUUGGGUUUGACCCACGGCUGGCCCGCGUUGCCCACCUGGAGUUUUUCAUAGAUGGACUGGGUUUGCUCCAUGUUGGCUCGUGUGAUGAUGUCAUCGUAAACCAUGCCACUAAGAUCAAGUUUCCAUGGGGUCAGUCGGAAAGUGACAAAGCUUAUGCCAAGUUUCGUUACCCUUCGGCAUCCUCAGACGCCACACGAACCAAAAAUGGCCUACUGUACUUCAAAAACCGGUUUCAGUGUUUCACACGCAACUAACACUCUCUUUCCUCACACCCUCUCCCAUUUUUUCGUCUUCCCCUCUUAAGAGACAGCUCCUGUCAUGUUUUGCUGAGAAGAUUAUUUGAAGGAAUUCUAAGUUGUGCAUGAGUGUGAGUCUAUAAACUGGUAUGUUGUUUCCUCCCACGUUUGAGUGUGGGAAUGUUGAGAAAUAGCCCGUGUUUAAUGGGCAUUAAACAUUCAUUAAAAAACUAUGUUUAAUGAAGGGGCAUUAAACAUCAUCAAUAAUGACGGACAAAUAAGAGAUCAAAGCUCAUUGUUUAAGAUUGUCUUGUAUGUGACCUGUUUUGCUGAAUCUUAUUUUUUAUGAGAAUUAUCAAGAUAUAAAUCAUUCCUCCAAGUGGCUCUGUCAGGAUUUCUCA